UUCUCCUGCAGUACAACAGGUCUCCUCCAGCAAUCAUGAAAUACUCCCUCAUUGCAACCAUUGUUGUGCUUGCUCUGGCACAAGGAGGCUUUGCACAAGAUGCCUCCGAUCUUGAAAGGCUCAGUCAGUACUUUGAGGAAAUGAAGACCAAGUUGAUUGCGGACAUGACUGAGAUCAUCCACAGCCAGGACUUGGCCAACCAGGCUCAGGCCUUCAUCGAGGACAAGAAGACCCAGCUGCAGCCGCUGGUCGCUCAGAUUCAGGAGCAGCUGAGGAGCGCUGCCACCAACGUCGAGGAGCAGAUCAGGCCCCUGACUGCCAACGUGCAGGCUCAGCUUCAGCCACAGAUCGAUAGCUUCCAGAAGCAGAUGGAGGCCGUCUUCGACAAGCUCUCAAAGCAGACCUUGGCCCUUGCCCAAUAAACACCGUCUUGCAGCAAAUAGCUGGCCUGAGACGUUUCAGUGGUUGCUGACACCAUCAUCUGUGUCCAAGAGCACAAUAAAAACAUGAAAUAA